UCUGUGCUUGUCUUCAGUAGAGCUCAGCCGCUCGCUUUCAGCGCUGAUCUGAGGCGUCUGGAUGCCGCCGUCUGAACUGUUUGGGUUACUGAGCGGUGAACGGAGCGGGACGACUGCUCUGGUUCUGACCCGGACUUCUGCUUUCUGACCCUCCAGGAUUAAGAGGCCCGGCUUUAAGCGUUGGAUCACAGCGGGACGGAGAACACGGGGCCGGUACCACCAGCAGCUGAUCUGAGACCCGCUUCACUGUCAGCUGCUUCGGACCUUCAGCCCAAACAGGUCACAGCCGAGCGGACGGAGGGUUCUGAUGUUUGACCUGAACCGCCCCGGUCCAACAAGUCAGUUUCCCUGAGAGAAGAGAAGAAGAAGAGAGGAGGAAGAGGAGCAGAGCAGCUACUGGUCCUGCAGAAUGCCGGUGGAGACGCUGAGGCCCUCGGACGGCCGCCUGGCCGGCGUCGCCUUCACCUCCGUCAGACCCUUCAGGAUCCUCACUAAGGGGCCAAACUACUUCCGCCCCCCGCCUGAGCCGGGGGCCCGUAAGCUGAGCGCCGUGGAGCGGCUGGAGGCCGAUAAGGCCAAGUACGUGAAGAGCCAGCAGGUGGCGCUCACCCGCCAGGCGCCCAUCCAGGCGCCGCUCAUCCGUAAACCCCUGGUUCCCACGGCGAUGAUGCCCCAGAGCCACGUUGGUCCCCCGGCGACCCGGAAGGUUCUGCCCCGGUGCCCGGGCCACCUGGAGAAAAGUGGCGGGCUGGAGGGGCCGGGGGCGCGGAGGCCUUUUAACCUGGACAUUCUGAACAACCUGAUCAGUGACGUCUGUGAUGAAGGUCAGUCAUCCUCCUCAUCCUCGCCCUCAUCGGGGGGGAAGAGUCUCUGCAGCAGCCUGUCAGCAGAGAAACUCCGCCACGCCACCUCCUCCUCCCCCUCCUCCUGCACCUCCUCUCUGCUCAGCGCCCCCGCCCCUGCAGCAGGACUCUGCCGCCGGCCCCCCCCUGUCCCGGCGCGGGGACCGGCGCUCCCGACCGGGGCCCCCAACUCGGUGACGGUCCGCAGGGUGGACGUCCGGCCGCAGGCCGAGGUGAAGAAGCCGCUCAGGGUCGCCCUUCAGCCCCGCCUCCGGCCCAGACAAACCCCCCAGGGGCAGGUCCCGCCCCCCCCACCGCCUCCUCAGUCACACAACCAGUUCCCCUCCAAGGUUAGCACCUCCUCCCAAACCCUGCCCCCCAGCCCCAUGCUGUUCCGGGCGGGCUUCAUCCCUCCCGCCUCCCCCGCCUUCACACGCAUCUCCAACGCCAGCUCCAAGGGCUCCGCCCGCAAACACCCGUCCCUCCACCGCUCCAAGUCCGACCUCAGCGACCGCUACUCCCGCGCCACCGCCGACCUGGAGCGCUUCUUCAACUACUGCGGGCUGGACCCCGAGGAGGUGGAGGGGCUGGGCGGCGUGGAGCGCUUCACCAGGGCCAACUCCGACAUCGUGUCCGUCUCCAAGCUCCGGAGCGUCAGCACGCCCAGCUCCGAGUGCGGGGACGACGAGCGUGCAAGGGAGUACGGAGGGGAUGAGGAUGAGGAGGAGGACGGCCCCCUCAGGAUGAACGAGCGAGUCCCCUACGGGAUUUCCGUCAUCGAGAGGAACGCACGGGUCAUCAAAUGGCUGUACGGCAUCCGGCAGGCGAGGGAGGCCCAGGGCGGCGUCUCCAACGUAUAGCGCCAUGAUGCUGGCGUUCGUUCUGCUGCCUCACUGAGACCCUCUGUCUUCUGGUCGCCAUGGCGACUGACUUUUAUGGACGUCAAUCAUCAGAGGUCUUAGUCUCUGUUCUAAAAGUGCAUCUCUAGUGACCCUCUAGGUAUUCUACAGCAAUAAGACGCAGUUUUUACUGCCGGUGAUGAUGAAGGCGGAGGAAGGCUCCAUGCUAACGGUACUGAAGGCGCGCAUGGGUGCGAGUUUGGGCCUCAGAAGCGCCGCACGGCGACCAUGUGGGCGGAGCCGUUCAUACUGUGAAACUGCAAAUAAAGCUUCCACAAACGUUUUCUAGAUGUUUCUGUUAGCAUGCUAGCGUGUCUUAAACAGAACAAACUGGUCCAGUUCAUUCAGCGGGAUUCUGUUCCAUGGAAACUGGUUCCUCUGACGCUGCCAGGAAAUCGGUUCACCGCCUCCGGAAGAAGGAGGUCACAUGAUGAUGAUGGUCACAUGAAGCGUAGAUGGCUGACGGAGCGAAUGGAGGAGAGCGACUC